CAGCCUUUCCCAUCUGGCAAGUGUCUCAUGACUUUUACAAAGUUCCUGAGCUGACCAGGAAUGUUCAUUAACCUCUCCCUUCUGGGAGAACCAGUGUUCCAAAGUUUCUCUUUACAUCUUAAUUAACUUAGCUUUAAUUCUUUUCCUUAACUCUUUUAACAAAAUUUAAUAUUAAACACAACAUAUGGAUUAAAAAAAUAAAAUGGUUCACUUUGAAGUCUUUUAAAUUGCAUAUUCUAUAAUACAUGCCAUCCAUCUCAAAAUUCUUUUAACCCAGAAAUGUUUCUGUUCAAAGAAAGAACAGGGACAAAAAAUGGAACAGAGACUGAAGGCAGGGUCAACUGGGGAACAGCCCCACUUGAGGAUACAUCAUGUCUGCAGACACCAAACCCAACAUUGUUGCCAUGGUCAGGAGGUUCUUGUAGACAGGAACCAAGUGUGGCAGCUCCCGAGGAGGUCCAGCCAACAACUGACCAAUACAGAGGCAGAUGCUUGGAGCCAACCAUCAGGCUAAACUCAGGAAACCUUGUUGGGGAGCUGGUAGAAGGACUAGAGGAACAGAGGGUGAUUGCAACCCCAUUGGAAGAACAACAGAGGCUGACCUGAUCAUCCAGUUCUCCCAGAGACAAGUUCACCAACCAAGGAGAGUGCUUAGGAAACUGAGCCAAGAUGACCUCCUGAGGAUCUCCAUCUCCUUGGACUCUAACCUGAGACUGGAUAAGUGUCGUCGUUUUGCCCAACCACAGUGGCAUCUUCUUCAUUUGAAUGGCAAUUUCUCCAAUGUGACAGAGCCAGCCACUGAGCCAUGUGUGGAUGGCUGGGUGUAUGAUAGGAGCAACUUCUUUUCCACCACUGUGACUGAAUGGGACCUGGUGUGUGAAUCUCAGGUACUGAAUUCUGUCACUAAAUUUUCAUUUAUGAUUGGCCUAUUUAUAGGAAGUAUCAUAUGUGGCCAUCUGUCAGACAGAUUUUAUUCCCCUCCUGGUCUACCCUCUGACUGUUCCCGAUUCCAUCCCUCCUCCCCAACCCAUCUCCACAGGGAUGUCCCCAACUACUUACCACACCACCAGACUUCUAAACUCCCUGGAGUCUCAAGACUCUCGAGG